AGGAAGCAAAUGCCUUUAAAAAAGACAUACGGGGUCUCAAGCAAACAUUGCCCAGGGAAACAGGCUUGGGAACCUCCUGGGCACACAGCAGCCUGCUCCGUCUGCCGGGAGCUCUGUGAAUCACCGCGGGGAAGGGUCCAUGUAAGCAGGGAGAAGCUGAAAAAUGAGGAUUAUUCUGGUUUGGAUGAUUUUCCCAGGUGUCUGGGCGGUCUCAGGUCCCUCGCAGGUGACGGCCCGCCGGGGCAGCUCGCUGUCGGUGUCCUGCAGCUAUCGGCUGGGCAACAAGCUCCACUCCAAGGUCUGGUGCAAACCAUACUUUUUCAAGAUCUUCUGCUCCUACAUGGCCCAAACCAAUGGCUCAGAGGCGGCGAUGACACAGGGCAGGGUGUCCAUCAGGGACAACCACACGGCACUUGUAUUCACGGUGACGAUGAGAGAUGUGAUGCCAGAGGAUGCGGGCUGGUACUACUGCGGGGCAGUGAAGUCCCUGUGGCACAUCACAGGCAAUCGGUGGCACAAAACCGAGGUGCUUGUGUCUGAGGCCACAGCCGAGGCCGGCGAUGUGCACCCGCUGCCAAAGGCAGAGCCAUCCCCCACUGGCUGCGAGGAGCCUCCAGCACUGUCCCAGCUUGACAUCACCCUCCUGCUGCUCGUCCUCAGUGUGAAGGUGCCUGCGAUCCUGGCCCUGCUGUGCGGGGCCAUGUGGCUGAGGAGGUGGCACAGGAGCUGCAGCCCAUGGGAAAACCUGCAGCAAUCUGAGAAGUCCAGGAGCACUGCAGCACCGGGCAGCUCGGCCCCCCAGCAGCCUGACCCCCCGGCAGCACCACAGCAUCCUUCUGGUCCCCUUCCCCACACCCUGCCAGGGCUGAGCCACUGCAGCUGCUCAGCAUCAGGAAGCUCUCUCCAUGCGAAGCCUCAGCCCCUCCUGAUGCCCCCCAAGUUGCACGAGGGAAGGAUUGCUGUGCAGAGAUCUCGUGUCUGCUGAGCUUGAGGUGCCACCAAAAACCAAUUUUGAAACAAAGCAUGGGUAUCCUGCA